UUCAUCGCUCAAAAUAUUCGGCCAUGUUGUUUAGCGAAGCGGUCUACACUUGAUCGCGCUAAACACGUUUCGCGAUUUUAAUGUGACUUUUUGCUCUCUUUCCCUGACGUUUUGCGUUACAGCCGACUAAGAUGGAUAAAGUGGACCUUCUGUACAAAAAAUACGACGUCCUCGCGUCAGCAGGGGACAAGGUUUCCGAGCAUGAGAGCGACUACUUAGUCAUUUUGGAAUCCGUCAAAGGUACGCCGAGCGAGAAACGCCUGGCAUCGCAGUUCAUCGCCCGCUUUUUCAAAAGCUUCCCGCAUUUGUCUGAGAAGGCCAUUGACGCCCAGUUGGAUUUAUGCGAAGAUGCUGAUGUUGCCAUUCGAAAGCAGGCCAUCAAGGACUUGCCAAGCUUUUGCAAGGACAGCAAGGAGUAUGUGCCAAAGAUAGCCGACGUGCUGGCCCAGCUGUUGCUGACAGAAGACCACACGGAGUUGGUGGUGAUUCAGCACUCGCUGGUGACUCUCGUCAAGCUCGAUGCUCGGGGCACCCUCGGCGGAGUGUUCUCCCAAGUGGUGGCUGGGGAGGACUUGGUGCGGGAGCGGGCAAUCAAAUUCCUCUGCACCAAGCUGCCUUCCAUGGGUGUCGAUGUGCUCACCAAAGAGGUUGAGGAAUUCCUCUUUCAGGAGUGCUGCAAGGUGAUGCAGGAUGUGACAGGCCAGGAGUUCACGAGCCUGAUGCAGCUGCUGUCAGGGCUGAAGCUGGCCAAAACUAUUCCGGGUCAGCAGGCACUUGUGGACUUGGCCGCAGAGCAGGCCGACCUGGGCAAGCCGCUUGGGGAAACCGCAGGGGCAGGCGAUACAGCCUCCCGGGUUGAGGCCCUUGCAAAGCUUGUCCAGUGCAUACGGCAGGCUUUGCCCUACUUCUCGCCAUACGUGUCAUCAUCGAAGUUUGUCACCCACCUGUGUCAACAAGUGCUUCCUGGCCAGCCCUUGUUGGAUGCCGAGACCUUGGAACUCCUCAAACUGUUGGCUGAAAUGGUGCCCUUUGCCACAAACCUCUCAGCUGAGGAUCUGCAGGCAUGUCUCAAGCUGGUCUUUGAGAAGCUUCUGGAGCUCAUGCCGCUACCUCCGGCCGGGGAGGAGACUGAGAAUUCAUCAGACCAGCAGGCUGAGCCCGAGCUGCAGCUCAGCCACGUGGAGUGCCUCAUGUACGGCUUCCACCAGCUGGCAAAGCGCAACCCGCAGUUCCUCACCGCCGACGAAUCGGCUGAACGGCUCCGGGACUUCAAACUCAGGUUGCAGUACCUUGCACGUGGUGUCCAGGGCUACAUAAAAAAACUUCGCUUGGCGCUUCAAGGGAAAAAACCCUCCGAGCUGAAGUCAGAGGAGAACAAGUUGAAGGUUGCUGCCUUGAAGACCACGUCCAACAUUAAUGCUCUCAUCCGGGACCUGUUUCACGUUCCACCCUCUUUCAAGUCAACAAUCACGCUUUCGUGGAAGCCUGCCACCACAAAUGAGAAGACAGUUUCUGACAACGCUCAGACGCUUGCGACAGCAGGGGCAAAAGGAGAGAAGCGGCGCAUCAGUUUCCCUGAGGACACGAACAAAGGCACAAAGAGGACACUUCCCACGUCCAAAAACGAGCGUGAGCUCUACAGUCCUCCUGGCGGGAAGUACAGCACCAAAGUUCAGGGUUUCCAGAGUGAGCAGUGCCUGUAAACCGUGGCGGUGGCCGGGGCGGCUUCAACAGGUUCCGGGGCAGCAGCAGAGGCUGGCGGGGUCGGAUAUACUCGUGAGCAGGCCGAGGUGCUGGGGCCACACAUCCUCUCACAUCUCCUUCUCCCCUCUCUCACUCACCUGCGUCGCACGCUCACAUGCGUCGCUGUCGGCAUCCACGUCUUCUUCCAUUGUCAGCAUCUCCCCUACCCAUGUUUUCGUUGUGUCUGUGCGCUUGCCUACCUUGCGAUGCCUCUCCCCCCCUCUCACCUCUCAUCCGGUGUCCAGGUGUUAAAAGAAGGGAGGGCCAGAUGACAGAAGCCAGCCAACGCCACAUCUGUACAGCUGGCUCUCUUUUUUUUUUUUUUUUUAAUUUCCCAUGUGGCGUUGGCCCGUGCCAGAUCAAUGCGGCUGGCUGCAAUAUGUAGGUGACCUUCCAUUGCGGUUGCUCACUGGCUGUGAAUGAGGUGGCGGUGGUCUGUGGUUGGUUUGAGUAUUGGCGGUGCCUUUAGAAAGGCAGCGUAGCCGUGUGAAUGUGCUGCUCUGAGCCGUAAAGUUACCACUGCAUGCAGCUAAAGAAGUUGUAAGCGUAGAGCAGGUGUUCUCUGUUUCAGAAUUCGCUCAGCUGUUGUGUGCCGUCAUGUGAACAUCGUGUUAAUUAAAGCUGUGCUGCAUGUUUUAAUUUUAUUAUUGUGCAGGCACAUCGGGGCUCGUAUGUAUUCCUUAUUUUUAGGACUACUUUUCUGGCUUGCUCUUCGUGGUCUCAGCGAGGAACUAACGUGCAGUUUUCACAGUUGUGCCACCAGCGACAGCACCAACAGUUUUCGUUACACCAUUGUGCUGCUGGGAAGUGUUUUUUGAUCAUGUGAGAUCAAGUGUAAAUAGAGUAAGUUGUGCAGCGAGAUUGCUUAAAAGCCCACCUUAAUACUUGUGCGUACAUUCUUUUUCCUUUGUGCCUGCACUUGUAUUCUUUUAAGGAUGUAAAAACAGUAAAGAGACUCUGGUGGCCAAAGCUGCACAAUGCAGCUUUCGUGCAGCUUCACUAGUUGGCUUGCCAUUUAUCCACGGCACAGCGUCAUGUGCCUUGUUAAAAAUCCUGUCUGGUGAAAUUGUAGUCAUGGUGAGGUUGGGAUAAUGGUGAGUGGGACGAAAGGGGGGGAGAGGCGAAGCAGGUGAGUGAUUGAUCAGCCUUCCCUGCCGCGUGGGGCUUGCAAGUAUGAGGCUGGGGUGCCAUGAUCCACUUGUGGGGACAACCAAGCAGAAUACACCAAUUGGCUGGUCACUGGUGUUUGCCAACUUAGGGAACAAGGAAAGCUUCCUUGGUGUAGCAGUCUGCAUCAAAAUGUGAUGCUUCCGAGCUCAAAACGUUGGCUUAAUUUGUACGACAUCUGAAUAAAGUGUUUUUAAUGAAGCCCA